UGUACACUUAGCUCAAUUAAUUUGGCCUAACUAUCAAUCAAAUACAAUAGGGUCACCUCCUAUCGUCCAUCCUAAAUGGCUACUGAGAGAUCAGUAUCGGGUGGCUUGGAAUGGCGGGUGACCAUCCCUGAGGGAUCCUCGGUGGGACUCGAACCUGAAUCGAGCCCGCUUAGGAAAGGGUGGCUUGGCCUGGUCGAAUUGGCAAACACGAUGAGAUCGAAAGUGUCAGGGCUCGGAAAUAUGGUAUGGAGAUUGGGAGCCGAUGACCCCAGGAAAGUAGUGCAUGGAUUGAAAGUAGGGCUUGCGCUAGCUCUUGUGUCCCUGUUCUAUUACACUAGGCCCUUGUAUGACGGAGUCGGAGGUGCUGCUAUGUGGGCCGUAAUGACUGUUGUUGUCGUGUUUGAGUUCACCGUAGGAGGAUGCUUGUACAAAGGAAUCAACAGAGGCAUAGCAACACUUACAGCGGGUGCCCUUGCUAUUGGGGUCCACUGGAUUGCUAACAAAUCAGGAGAAACCUUUGAGCCUAUAAUCCGCAGUGCCUCAGUGUUUAUGUUAGCAUCAGCAGCUACCUUCUCUCGAUUCAUCCCAACAAUAAAAAUCAAGUUCGACUACGGGAUCACCAUUUUCAUCCUCACCUUUAGUCUGGUCGCGGUAUCGGGUUAUCGAGUUGAUAAGCUCAUAGAGUUGGCUGAGCAGAGGCUAUCCACAGUUGCCAUUGGAAUUUUUAUCUGUUUCUUGGUAGCAAUUUUUGCGUUCCCAGUUUGGGCAGGCAGUGAUCUUCAUCUACUCAUAACCCGCAACAUGGACAAACUCGCUGACUCAUUGGAAGGCUCUGUGGAUGAUUACUUCUCUAAUGAUCAAACUAGUGAAAAGGAGGAAGCUCCAUCGAAGAAAUCACAAGCAUACAAAUGUGUUCUUAAUGCAAAAGCAUCUGAGGAUUCUCUGGCUAAUUUAUCAAAAUGGGAGCCUCCUCACGGCCGCUUCAGUUUCCGGCAUCCAUGGAGCCAAUACCAAAAUAUAGGCACAGCUAUGCGUUACUGUGCGUACUGUGUCGAAGCUCUUAACGGGUGUAUAAACUCAGAAAUCCCGACUCCUGAGUUCACAAAGAAGCAACUAAGUGACAUCUGCAUCCAAUUGAGCUCAGACUGCUCAAAAGUCUUGAAGGACUCAUCAAAUUCCAUCAAGUCUAUGCAGAGGUCUGGCAGCAUAGAUUUCUUAGUCGAAGAAAUGAAUAAUGGAGUGCAAGAGCUUCACGAUCGCCUAACAGAGCUACAGACAGAUGAUAUGUCGCUAAGGGAAGUGCUCCCUCUCAUCGCCGCUGCAUCACUCCUGAUCGAAAUAGCGAAAAGGGUUGAGGGGGUAGUCGAUGCAGUUGAUAAGCUGGCGACUGCAGCAAGUUUCAAGAAUGCAAAUGAUGAGAAACCAGAGAAGACUGAGGUUGUCACUGUGGAGCCAGUCAAAGAACUUUGUUAAAGAUAGUAUUUUUCUUUAUACAACCAAUGAUGUGUAUAUAGUAUAUAUUUGUCCAAUACCAUGA